AUGAAUCAAACAGGAAUGAAAAAAGAAAAGUUUUACCAGCACAAAUCGAAGACAUUAUCGCAAAUGGAAGAAAAAAGUUUGAGACUCGAAUCCCUAUUUUGUGCAUUUAGACAUCCCAAAAUUGGAAAUAGAAAUUUAUCGACACAUUUUGGAAUAAUGUCAGUAGAACUUGUCACGACAGAAAAAAGAAAACAAACAAGAAGUCACAUAAGAGCAACAUUACCAAAACCCUCAUUCACCUUCUUGACUUUAAUUAAAGAUGUUUGA